AUGAUUGGCAAGCGAAAACGCGAAGCAGUAGUCAUUAGGCGGACAAGUCGGUCAGAUGAGCUUGAGCAGACGAAUGGCGGCCAAGAUGUUCUUCGGAAGCAUUUCGAGUCGAUGUUCGAGCCAAUAUCGCAAAUUGAGUUUGGCCCAAUUCCUGCCCCAGACGAAGAGGACAGUGCCGAGGACUCGUCAGAUGCGCUCUCGGAUUGGAGUGGAUUGUCAGACGACGAUGAUGAGGAUCAGCACAAGCCGGUCGUGCAAGUCGUCGAACACACGACCCAGUCCGAUUACAGCCCAGCAGAAAAACCUGAUGCAGGUGGCGAAUUCAAGUCCUUCAUGAGUUCAAAGCCGCCCAGAGAAGCUGCACGGGCUACAAAGGCAAAUCAUGGUGAUGACUCCUCCGAAGACGAGAAAUCUGAAACGCUUAACCUGAAACACGACCUCGAUCUACAGCGCCUCCUGAGCGAGUCUCAUCUGCUCGAAAACGGCAAAGCCAGGCAGUCUUCGGCAUCGACAAAGGAACUACUAAGCGGCACGCAGCGUCACAAGGCGACUGAUCUGCGGAUCCAGAGCCUUUUGGGCGGCUCGAGCGGGAGCAAGGGCUCUUCGUUGUUCGAGCAGGGGCAGAUGCCGAUGUCGCAUAGGAAGGGCAUUAGGGAGAAGGCGGGUAUGAGGGAGGGCGUGAGGCGCAGGGAAGCAAAGGAAAACGGAAUCAUUUUGGAGAAGAAGCAGAGCGGACGUUUGGGAGGGGCAGGGCAGAUGUCGUCGUCAUCGGGGAAGAAACGGGCACGUGGCGUUGAUGCCCCAUCGUUAGGCAAAUUUCGAGGUGGAACGCUGCAGCUGAGCAAGAAGGACAUCGCCGGUCUGCAGGGUCCGACUACGAGGGGGCGGCAGCGGCCUGUGCGUCGGCGCUGA